UGUAAGACGUCCAGAGCCUGCUUGUGUGAGAAUCCUGGAAAGAGAGACACGGCUACUUGUAGGGCAGGCUUUGAAUCAUUUCACGGAGGGGCUAAAGAGCGCAGCAGCUGGACACGGUAGGGAAAGCCAAAGGGGAAAGACAAAGAGAAAGAUCAGCAACAAAGGAGGAGGCGAACCAGGAGAUCAUGGCGCCGGUUGGUCUCCCCCCAGGCUUUAGGUUUCAUCCAACUGAUGAGGAGCUUGUGAACUAUUACCUCAAGAGGAAGGUCCAUGGCCAGAGCAUCGAACUCGACAUCAUCCCAGAGGUAGACCUCUACAAGUGUGAGCCUUGGGAGCUAGCAGAGAAAUCGUUCCUGCCCAGUAGAGACCCUGAGUGGUACUUCUUUGGGCCAAGGGAUAGGAAGUAUCCAAAUGGAUGCCGGACGAACCGAGCAACUCGAGCAGGAUACUGGAAAUCGACCGGCAAAGAUCGAUCCAUCAACUACCAGAAGAGGUCAAUCGGUAUGAAGAAGACAUUAGUCUUCUACCAAGGCCGAGCUCCUCAGGGGAUCAGGAGCAACUGGGUCAUGCAUGAGUACCGCAUCGAGGAAAGCGAAUGCAACAACACCAUGGGGGUUCAGGACUCCUAUGCGCUAUGUCGGGUUUUCAAGAAAAAUGUGCCGGCUGGUGAAUUUGAAAAACAAGGGGAAUGCAGCUCAUCACAGGCUAAAGGAAAUCAAGAACAGGUUACAGACUUUGAGGAUGCUGGAGAGUCCUCAACUGCAAACGAGAAUGACAAAGACAAUUCUUGGAUGCAGUUCAUAGUGGAAGACCUGUGGUGCAGCAACAAAACCAAGUAAUGAACUAGAGAAUGCAGCUUGCUCAACAUGAUCUAACCAGAAAUUCCAGCACUAGUUACACUGUGUAUCUUUGUAUAUGUUUGAUAAAAACACUUCUCACUUUGGACAGUAUGAACACUUAAGUUUGGACUCUGAUUCUUGAUGUAGGCUUAUACUUUUCUUCUUUUGGUAAUGUAAUAUACAAAUGGGCUACUUUGUACUCGAAGUCUUCUUUUACCUGUAUCUACCAUCCAAUGCAAUGAUUUAUAGUGAAAGCACUAAUACAAAAGGCAGAAACGUAGUUUAAUGUAUCUUAUUCUGUGCACAGUUUUCAUGUUCCAAAAAUUUUGUAAUAUCAGUUUAUAAUGAUUUUAAGGGUAUCAGUCUCAAAUGUAAAGAGACCAAAGCUACUAAUACCAUUAGCAAUCACCAUUACGAACUAAUCAAAUUCAACUCGGAAAUGUAAGGUGCCAAUAUGGUAGUGAAUCGUUCUUAUUAAUGUUUAAAGGUUCCUGAGUUGCAAAAUGUAUACAAGUGGUGCAAUUGUCAUGUUCGUCAAUAGCCUGAGCUCGUGUGAAAUAAAGAAUAGCGUAAGCUACAUACAGUUUUCAGACUGUU